AUGCAAAUCCCCGAUAUCAUCAUGCACAAAGCAUCAACACUCAAGGACUUCCAACAAGCCAUCCUCACAAAGCCUAAGCCCAAGAAAUUGUCCUUUGCUCUCCUAGGCAACCCGGAACUUAUGGCAAACACCAACAUUCAGGUCCGCGGAGGCCGUCAAACAUCUGUUCACAAAGACAGAGCUGUUGGCAGAUGGAAGGUGAUUGAAGAAGAGCUUGUUAACAGGGGUCUGCCUGUGUUUGGACAUGGAAUCAAGGCAGACAGGGGAUUCCAGGCCGAAGAGGUCAAAGACCAAACUGCAUAA